AUGCUAUGUCUCGUAUGCGGAGACACUGCUAGUGGAAUUCACUACGGAGUCCUCUCCUGUGAAGGCUGCAAAGGAUUCUUUAGACGGGCAUUGCAAGAUAAACGAGCACACCUGCGCAAAUGCAUUAGGCAGGAUCGAUGUAAGAUCUCGAUUAAGACACGCAACCACUGUCAGCCCUGUCGGCUGCGCCGGUGUCUGGAGCUAGGCAUGUCUCGCGAGGCAGCCAAACUGGGUCGCAGAUCUCUCAAGACCUGGAAGAACCUCGACCUCGCCAUUGCGCUUCACGGUCAGCAAAUCAAUAAACCUGAGGACAGCAACCAAUCACUUUCUUUGACCAAUAAGGACACACCAGCUACUCAAAUAUGUCCACAACCAGGCACGAAUCUGUCAUUUGCUGUAGAGUCGGUGCGACAGCAACCAUCACAACUAUUCGACGAUGGUAACUCGCCAAGUGGCAGCGACACUACCUUUACUGCACUCAGCAGUAUCCCCUCAGUAGAUACUUCGGUAUCGGGGGGAAGUAAUUACGAUUGGGGCGCCACGCCGGUAUCUCUGCCAACUCUGGAAGAGGAUUGCACUAUCUCCACCGCUCAUUGCAAGGGAAACAAGGCGAACUCAUUCUCGCCCGGGUCCCAAAUCAUGAUUAGUGAGGUGGGCAGAUGUAGCGCUAAAAAGAUAUCUAAAUAG